AUGUACGGCCUUCAUGCCUGGCAAUUCCCACUAGCUGCUGCCUUUAUGUGGGCAGCAUACAGCAACAUUAACAGCCAUGAUUAUAACCUGGGCAGCCAAGGGAAGCCAGUGUACAAGAGCCAGGAUGGGAGUAUUCCAUACAUUUCGGAUAUUGGGGCCUCAUUCUUGAAGCCCUUAUUCGUGGGAAAAGGGUCGACUCCUAUCGAACGUCCGACAAAGGGGAGCAGUGAUGGUGUAAUAAGCUGUAUAUGCGCGUUGAUUGCAGCCGCGGGCCUGAGUUUGUUGGCUGGAUUUGAUACGUUGAACUAUACGACCUUACAUCGGCUAUUUUUGUGGGUAAAGUUCAAGAUUGAGGAGAUCGAGACGGCGACUAACAACAGCCUUUACCAGAGAGCAAGACAUGCAGCUGGACUUGCAGACACUACGGACUUUACAUUCAAUAUAACCAAGAUGAUUCAAGGCCUGGCAGGUUCAUACAUCGCCAAACUCAUCAUUGUGGUGAUUGAGAUUGCAUUGAGUAUUGCAUUUGGAAUAACCAUGUACAAAGGUUCAAAUGAGGUUGCUGCGGUGCUUGAAUGGAUGAUUGCCUACAUCUUUGUAUUCUUCCUCAUCACGUUCUACUUUGACUUACGCCCAGCGGCUGGUUCACCUAAGGGCAAGUAUGAUGUGUCCAGGAUUGUGGGCGUGGGGAGCAGGGCAGAGUUGGGUCCUGGAGGAAGACCGAGCAUGAGCACAAGGGCAAGUGGCAGUGAGCAGGUAACGCCGGAGAUGGGCCAGGUGCAGCCGAACGUGAACCGUGUCUGA